AUGAAGAGAGGAAAAAAUAAAUCCGAUCUAAAAAAAUAUGCUUCAGAAGUUCAAUUAAAAGAAUCAUUUCAAAGUCCGCCAUUUGAUAUCCUCGUAGUUAAAGUGUUGAGUCUUCAAGUACCAGAAAAACAACCAAUGCACUUUGCUAUGCAAGUCGUGUUCUAUGACCAAUUAAUCCUAGAUGAAGUAGUAACCUCUUUGUGGGCCAGAGAAUUAACUAACGAAGAGAUUAUAGCACAAGGUGUGAUGAAUUAUGACCCGUCGGACUACGAAAAAAUAUCUCUCUUUGCAGAUACACCGUUGAAAGUGACCAUACAACCUUUGACAACGAAAGAAACAAAUGUAUCACCAGUUUUAAAUUCCAAAUCAAAUGAAAGUCAACACAAGAGAUUAGAUACAGAAUUCCUCAAGACCACAACAAAUAUGAGUAGUUGUAAUGUGGAUAUUUUACCGAUGUUCCUUGAUACAGAUGAAAUGUACGUAAGAGUACGCAUGCAUCCAGAAACACAAACAUCAGUUUUAAACGCAAUUAGUUUCGACAACCUUCCACUUCUCACAAUUAAACUGUCGGUAGAUCGAAAUGAAUUGAACGCUAAGCAUCAUGAUAUACUUAGUGAAGCGAAUUAUUUAAAAAUAACGCUAGUUGGAUGUUAUAACUUACCGAUUCCGUACAACAAAGAUUUUGUGUACACCGCUGCGACAAAAGCUACAUUAACCAAUGAAACGAAUAAUAAUGUAAUUAAGUUCAACGAGGGGUACAAAAGUCCAAAGAGAUUUUCCGACACCAAUUUCUACCCAAAGUGGGAAACAGUAAGGUAUUAUGAAAAUGUCUAUUCAGAAAGCUCCGAGAAAUUUAACUGCAAGCUUGAAAAUUUUCAAAACGACGCAAAUAUUGAUUUUGAAAAAUAUUUGACUGAAUCCUCCAGACACAAUACAAUAAUAUGGGCUUCGUUCCACCGUACACUGUUACUGAAAGAAACUGAGCUACGGAUGUGCGACUUCCUCCGUCAAUACCAUUGGCCUUUAGAGCUUCGUAUCUCUGGUAGCACCGACUACUGUUUUAUGGCGUCUUUGGAUUUAUUUAAAUUGCUGUACCCGGGAGAGGACACAGUUCGCCUUGUUGUGCCACUACAAUGGUUUGACGAAGUGACCAUGAAAGAGAAAUGUGAUUGUGAUCCUUUGCUCGCUUUUAACGAACAGGCGCCAUCAACCACUAGCUCUUUUCGGAAAUCAAGCAAGAUGACUGAUUCAGUUCGGACUAGCAAAACCGACACAAGAUCUCAAAUGCCUACAGGGAGCGAUGACAGCUGCGCCUUUGUUAUUAUAGAAGUGGCUUUACAACGUCCGUUUAAGAAACCAGUAACACCUCCGCAAAUAUCUCAACAAGAAAUUAAAGAAAUGCUGAAGGAGAUGGAAGCUCAACCAUGCCAACGAGAAUGCACAGGACGUGGACAAAAGGUCAAAGACUGGCAAAACACAGUAAAAAUGGCUGCAAAUGCUUUGCGCAGGAUCCCAUUUUAUGGUUCUGCAGAUUUCUGCACAUUCGAUCGCCAACUUGGUUCGACACGCACUCGUGUUGAAAUCCUUACAUCGCUUUGCGAGGAGGCUGCAAUCUACGUCAACAACAAUUUUGUCACAAAAGACUUCUUACAGUCUGAAAAAACGUUUGAGGAACUUCUAAUGAUGGCUCAUGCUUGUCUCGUGCGUAUUGCAUCUGACACACUGCUCGGUGUCGACGAUUGGCCAAAGAUGGAUCCAAUAAUUCGGGCUGCGAGGCAUGCUCGUCAUUUUCAAGAUACGCACCAUGCUCUGGAACUAUAUUUUCAAUCCGUAGCCCAAAAUACGCGCAAUGCUGAUCGUUGGCGGGAGUUGGCCACCUGUCUACGAGACCUGGAUCAAGACUGGGCUGACAUUUGCCUUGACAAGUCCCUCAUGCUGAAUCCUCGACAUCCGCUUACGCUUCUCUCUAAAGGAUGUAUGGUUUUCAAAAAAGAUCCGGACGCAGCCGAACCGUUCUUCUUAGGUAUAUUAUAUUUCCAGCCAUUUUGGCUUGUCGGGCUGGUGGCUGCAAAUGCUUUCUACAUACACAGGGAAAACUUUCAAAUAGCUGAUGCAGUCUUGGACUUUCUAAAGAAAACUCAAACACAAGGGUUAUCGGAGCAAUUGAAAAUUCCCAGAGCAUGGGAGAAUGAACUGGGCGAUUGGUGGGACUCGACGCCGUUGCGCCCUGGAAUGAGUCUAUAUUACGACACGGCAGAUCUACUACUUAGGAUACGUGCCAUUAAAUUAGCGGAAGUUUGUCUUGCUCAAGCUCUCAUCAGAACUGGCGAGUGCCCGGAGUACUUCCACUUGUUAGCCUUGUGUUGCCGCCUAAAAGGGAACGUUAACGACGCUCUGUGCAAUAUUCAGAAAGGAAUUGAGAAAUUUGGCGAGAUCAGUUACUUAAGGACGUUGGAGGCUGAAUGUUAUUAUACUCAAAAUAAUUCCCAAGCUUAUUCUGCAUCGUUCGAAAAGGCUGGCACAGGAUCUGGCUCAUACAGUAUACUGUUAUCGAUGCUGAGUCGCAGUACAGAGCAUUGCCGUCCUGUGCUGGUGGAACUGCUGCGUCGUCAGCCCAGCGCUUACGCUUGGAUGGCGCUCGCUGAAUAUUGGAUUACGUCAACGAAAGAAGAAGCCAAAAAUGCGCCCCAGUGGAGAGGGGAAACUCCAGCUGUUUCAAAUGCAAUUGCAUGCGCGGUGGAAGCCCUCAAAAUAGACAAGCAAGCAGGGCGGGCGUGGGCAUUACUAGCUAGAUUUGUCAAGCCUAGCGCAAGAAAACUAUACUGCAAGCAGAUGGCUAUAUCUUGCGGGUACAGCUGGGUGAAUGAACGUGCACCUUCACGUCCAAGUCAAUGUCAUCGACUGGGUAAAGCUUUGCGAGAGUGCCGAUGUAAAAUAUGCAACAACUUUAUCCUUUAA